GUAAACAAGCUUUUUCUCAAAUAAGCUAUUGUUUACAAGUGCUGCGUAUUUAUACAAACAAAAAGAAUAGUUUUUACAACAUUUGGUGUAUUUUAUUACUAUUUUAACAGGAUUCAACAGAUUCUGAGUAUAUUUGAAAUACGAGUAUCGCUUAUUGUUUCAAACAAUUAUCCAAUCACUUCCAUCUAUACUGGGGCGUGUAAAAAGAUCCGAGCGCAGCUACAUUGUGAUAGAUGCACUAGUGGUACACGGACUAAGUGUCGGCGGGGGUUCGAUUUAUAACUAUAUUUACAAUUCAAGCAUACCGCAGUAGGGACCCCGUCUGCUUUACCACUUAGGGCUAAAUACGUCCGUUUAGGACUCCCAGAAGCCUCUAUGAUGCACUGAAAUAUCCGUAUGAUUUGUCGGUUUGAAUUUAUCUUGAUUAAAAACAGGAUAAUUCGACUGCACCGAGCCAAACAUGAAGAAGAACAAUUGAAAUGCAUUUUUCGUUAUGAAUAUAACGAUUGAGGUUAGCCUUGGGUAGGACAUCAAAAGUAAACAUGUAUUCGAGAACAGCAGUUAGUUCGCACCGUUGAAGCUUGUGAAAAAUUGCGCAAAUAAAACGUCAAAAUGGAUCAUCUGGAACACUUAAGCGGGUCCAUCGACGGACAUCAAGACUUGUCGAAAGGUGUGCUGCGAACCACCAUGCAGUCUACGGACAAUACACCACUGCACUUCAUAACAAGUACAGCAAUGUCACAUGGUGGCAGAGAGCAGGAAUACAUAGAAUCCACUCUAUUAGGAACGGAUCUAUUAUCAAGCCAGCUACCCACAAAUUUGUUGAACGAUUACAUUAAUUCGGUAUCGUCAACAACUUCAAAUGCAAUUGGCAGCCUACAAACAGCUCUCAUGGAGCAUCAUUAUCGGCCUCUCACCGCAGACGAGAUUCAUACGCUGAUCAGUGAAUCGAGCAACGAUGCAACCGGAACGAAGGAUAUUCCGGGUUUCAACACGCUAUCGUCUUACGAUAAAAUGAUUAACAUUGGUCAAUCAUCAUCGCCUAUGAGCAACGGAUUAGCACAAAUCGCUGGUACGAUUGAUAGUUAUGUACAUUUUCCACUGCAUGCCGCCAGUUCGGGAACGGAAGGAUUUGACGUAACGGCAAACGUUCUUGUGACUGCCAAUGUAGAGCAACAGCAACAUCAUCAUUACAGUCUUCCACACUCUGCCAAUUCCCACAUUCAUCUUCAGCACCAAACGCAAGGACAUAUGCAUCACCACCAGAACAUUGUGGAGAUAUCAAACUCUCAGCAAAUACCUUCGCUAGGACAUUCGCAAACGUCUGCGUCGAACAUAGGUACACUAAUGCCUGCUGUCGAUGUUGCCAUGAAGGUAUACACUCAUAACAAUUCCAUUGUCCCGAUCGUAUCGACGACCCCAGGAACGGCAGAUGUACACAAUAGUACAACUAUGACCACUAGUUCAAUGAACUUAAAUGAAUCUCCAAAACGAUUUUAUUCCUGCACAACGUUGCCCUCGCUCAUUACGCAUAGUCCACGGUCGACGUAUUCCAUUGCUGAUAGUUUAGUAGCUCCAAAAUGUACCGCCCCGAGCAUUAUUGAGUGUGAAUCACGUACACACGAGGAAGAAAUCGUAGAAUGUGUUGCAUCGAUGGAGAGCACAUCGUGUGCACUGUUGGGUAACGUGAAUCUACCACACAAGAAACGAUUAGCCAAAAAAUUGGGCGACGUAAAGGAAGGUUUAUGCAACGGCGCUCCCGAAAUGGAUUCCGAGCCAAUGAAACUCACAAAUCUGUCGAAUUACCGACAUACAACCGUGCCCCAGCGCGUAAAUGCUGGAAAAGGUAAUUCUUCGAAGGCACAAGAGUCACCGUCGUCUGCUCCACAGCAAACUGUGAGCUCGUUUAUCUGCCAACUGUGUGGAAAAACGGUGCAAGAUCAACUAUUGUUCUUUAAUCAUUUGAAGGAACACUACGAACCAACGAGUGAUGCUGGUGUUUCACACACAGGAUCGAAUGCAUCUGGAUUGAAAACGGUUGUGAUAGCGCCAGUGGAGAACAGUUCUCCAUUGGGUAAGGAGACUGCAGACGGUAAAAAAGCCAAGCCCAAGCUACCUCGCGUGAAGCACACGAAAAAGCUAAAGAAUGAUCGUACUAUAAAGCAAAUUCAUUCGGAAGACGAACGCCAAUCCCAAAAAACUGAUACAAAAGCAAUACUGUCCUACACGAAAUGUUCAAACACCGCAGGUUUAAAAGCAAGGGAGAAUUCGGUACUAAACAAUGCCAGGAUAGUGCUGGAUGGUUCGGAAAAUGGGGGUGAAUUUAGCGAAACAGAGGACAUGCUGGAAGGGAUCCGGAAUGUGGUGCAAAAGGUGCAGGAGACUGUUGACACGGAUACGAACGAGGAUUUAUGUCUAGCGAACGAUGGAUCAUGGUGUCCGAGUGGCAAUAAUGGUAAUGAUAGUGAUGCGGAUGCUAGCCCUGUAACAACAGCAGUUCAUCGAGAGCAAGAAAAGAACCAUUUAACAUUACCCGCAGACAUGCUGGGUUCUCACGAAAUGAAUAUAUCAAGUGGAGGCGAUAACUUUUUGAUACUUCUUAGCAAAACUCCAUUUAAUGAUGCGGAACUAUUGCCUACGGAAAUCACUGAUUCAACGAUAUUGAAAUCACUAGAUUCAGUGACAUGUGAACAGCUGGUCCAUGCCGACUCAUUGAGUGUGCCAACCCGAAGUGAAACUCCCAAACAGCCAAACUUGCAACAAAUGGAAACAUUAAGUUCAACGACAUUUCCACUACUUCCCAAUGUUGACCAACUCGCGGAAACGCAUACAGCUUCAUUUCGCUCUAGUGACUCUAAUUUGCCGAUUGGGUCCAUCCUUGAACUGUCCUCAAACGCGACGAGUAAAUUUUCGAUAUCCUCCUUUGCUCACCGUGUCCAAAUGUCGCCAAAUCCGUUAAAAAAUGAGCAACAGUCUGAAGGCGAAGAUGAUGAGGGAGGUGUAGAUGCAUCGGAAUACGAACAAAUGCAGCUUGCAGAUCUUGAUCCGCUCGUAGAAGAUACAUCUGGCAUUCGAGAUGAAGAGCAGGUAGAAGCUUAUCAUUUUAGCGGCGAUGAAGCAGCGGAUGCGAGCGGCGAACACUUUACAUCGGAGGUGCAAGAUAGCAAAGGUGAAGCAGAAUUGUGUCGAAAUGAUGAAAAAAUAUUAGAGGCUAAGAGUAGUUCAACACUAGAUAAGUUCCGAUGCAAGGAAGCAGACUGUGGGCGAUUGUUUAAGUCCAAAACGGCAUUCGCAUACCAUCAGUUACAGCACACAGGCGAACGACCGCACAAAUGCCAAGCGUGCCAGAAAUGUUUUUUCACCUGCAGUGCACUGAAGGUACAUGAGCGGUUACAUUCAGGCGAAAAGCCAUACAAAUGUGAAGAAUGUGGUCAUCACUUCCGGCAGUGGGGCGACCUGAAAUAUCAUAAAAUCUCCAAACACUCUAACGAGAAAAUUCACAAGUGUGAAUUCUGCGGUAAAGACUUUGCCAGGCGCUAUUCCCUCGUGCUGCAUCGCAGAAUCCAUACCAAUGAGAAGAACUUUAUCUGCGAGUACUGCCACAAAGCGUUCCGCGCUAGCACGUACUUGCAGUCGCACCGAAUGAUACAUACCGGAGAAAAACCACACCAGUGCACCGUAUGUGAUAAGAAGUUCCGCUGCCACGGGGAUUUAAAUAGACAUCAAAAAACUCAUUCGCGCAUCAGCAAAAUCGAACAACCGAUCAAAGCGCAAGAGAAAAUCGUGAAUGAAGACGAUUGUGGCUUAUCGGUUGAUUUAUCCGGCGGCGAAAAAUUAAGCGCAACGAUGAAAGGAAAAACUAAAUUGAAACGUAAAAACAUUGGACAGAAAAACAAUAAUAACAUUGUUACCGUUUAGCGAAGCAUAUAGUCCGCGAGGUAUUUCAAUGUAGCUCAUAAAGACAUAGCGAGAACAUCGACUGUUGUAUGCAUGAACCGUUGAUAGUGGUGCAGCUUAAGAAUGUUAGUAAAAAUGACUAACAUUGAUAAACCAGUGUAUCAACUUUAAGGAUAACUCUUACAAAAGGGCUGUUGUUUUUAUACAUCCUGCCUGAGAUGCUAAAAUGAGUUUGACAUCACUGGUUUAGCCAGUUUUACUUGCCUUACAAAAUCAAAAAGAAAUGUGUUGACGAAGAUCUUUAUCAUAAAGUGGGUGCGUAAAAUAAUGGUCUGUACAGAAAAAUACGAGAACAACGACACAGCUACAAACACGUAAGAGAAUGAACAAAUACCUGUUACAGCCUUCGUUUUAAGAAGAUCCUUAUCGUGAUUCGCUCAAAGUUUGAUAAUCGCCAUAAUCUAAAACGUUUAAAAUACAUGGCAAAAUUGCCCAGAAAAAAGUGAA